CUAAUAAUUUAAUUUUACCACAAUGGAUGACAUCGAAAAGCUGGCAAGGGUGUAUAUCUCAGCCAGUAAGUGACUCCCUGGCUUACAAGAGGAUAUGAUCACCGGGAUCAAGGACUUACUGAGCCAAGAACCAAGUCAAACAAGCAGAGGGCUUUAUAAGCUAAGUCUCCCAAAGACGAAGGAGCUUCGUUCGAAUAAAUAUAAUGAAAACUCUUGCUUUCAAAUUUCGAACAAAGUCACUGAUAGUACUAACAAAGCUCUGAAGUGGGUCUUUGAAAACCUCUCUCAAAGUAAUAUUUCUAAACUUUUCUGCGGUAAAGACAAGAAGAGUUUGCUAUCUCUCCAUACAAAAGUACUGGAGAAGGUAUUCAGGAGCAUUUUUAGCUCGUUUGAGGCACUAACUCAGGAACUGAAUGAGGUCAAGAAGUCAUUAUCACAAAAAGAGAGUGACAAAAACGUCAAUUAUCUUAACUCUAGUGAUGAUACUUUGACUCAUAAAAGCAAUUUGGGAAGUAGAGGAAACUCCAAAGUGCAGCAAAACAAGAAAAGUUCCUCUGAUUUUUCGAAAGAUAUAAGCUUCAACUCAAGCAAGAAGCAAGGAAAUAUUGGAGCAAAGUCACUGGAAAACACCUUGGUAAAGGACAGAUCCCUCUCCGAGAUUGAAAAGCAUCGUCAAAAGAAAGAAGGUUUGGUGAAAUCCAGUUUUAAGACGCUCAAAGUGAAGGGUUCCUUCACUGGUACUGAAUUAGAUACUCUAUUUAAGGUUCCUACCUAUAAGAGCUCCUAUAUUACAAAGAAGAGGAACUCUUCAGCAGGCUCGUUUUAUAAGAAACAAUUGGCAAAAUCUUCAGUGAGUAUUUCACACAAUUUACAAAAGCUAAAAGAAACAGGGAUAAAGAGUAAUAAAUUGAAAUAUUGAAAUGGAAGUUUAAAAGAAAAAAAUAAGAGUCAAUAUAUCAACAAAACUAAGAAACCAACAUUUAAUGGAGUUAUCUCAGAAGAUGAUAUUGAAGAAUUUCCAGCCAAGCCUUUUUCCAAGAAACCCCCAAGAAUUCAGAAAAUGAAAUCCAAACUCGAGAAAAAUCCCGCUCCAAAAGCUGAGACCUCGUUUGAAAUUCCUCAAACUCCACAUAAACCGAGGAUGACAAGCUUAAACUCUCAAAAGAACUGUAUCUCCAAAGCGACUAAUAACCCAGCAAACCACAAGGUCUCAUCAGAUAAUGUCUUCUCAAAGGAUCUACUAGAGAAUAUCAAAACUAAUCAAAAACAAUUUGAAACAAACGGUUCAACUCAUACAAGAAACCACAAACGUAGAAGCAGUACUUCUGAGUUAGAGUCAUUCAUCAAGAACGAACUUGAAGUGCAGAAGGAAUACAACAAGAAGGGGCAUUACCCUUCCAUGAUAAGAGAAUAA